GGUAUCAGUAGCAAACGAGUAAUCUCAUCAUUACAUAGCCAAAAAAAAAAAAAACACGAAUGGGAUCCAAAUCUCUAAACUACGUCGUCGUGCCAGAUUCGAAUCACGAGUUAGCAUCUUCGUCGCCAUCAGAGUUUGAGAAGAACCAAAAACAUUACCAAGAAAUCAUCGCCACGCUUCCUCGGGAAGAUAGCUGGAGACCAAAAGAUCCAUUCGUCGAGUACGGUGGUCACUGGUGGCUACAACCUCUCCUCGAAGGCUUACUCCACGCCCAGAAGUUCUUUAAAGCUCGACAGAAUGAUUUCUUCGUCUGCAGCUACCCUAAAACCGGUACGACUUGGCUCAAAGCCUUAACCUUUGCCAUCGCAAACCGCUCCAAGUUCGACGAUUCAACAAACCCUCUUCUCAAACGCAACCCACACGAGUUUGUCCCUUACAUCGAAAUCGAUUUCCCGUUUUUCCCAAGUGUUGAUGUUCUUAAAGACCAAGGCAACAAGCUUUUCUCCACUCACAUCCCUUACGAUCUCUUACCUGAAUCAGUUGUGGAAUCUGGUUGCAAGAUUGUUUACAUCUGGAGAGACCCAAAGGACACGUUCGUCUCGAUGUGGACUUUUGCUCACAAGGAGAGAUCACAACAAGGAUCACUCAUUAGCCUAGAGGAAGCUUUUGAUAAGUAUUGUCAAGGUCUAUCUGUCUACGGUCCUUAUCUUGAUCAUAUUUUAGGAUAUUGGAAGGCUUACAAAGCAAACCCAAAUCAGAUUUUAUUUCUAAAGUACGAGACUAUGAGAGCUGAUCCAUUUCCGUAUGUGAAGAGAUUAGCUGAGUUUAUGGGUUAUGGAUUCACCAAGGAAGAAGAGGAAGAAAAGGUUAUUGAGAAAGUUGUGAAGCUUUGUAGCUUUGAGACUUUGAAGAAUCUUGAAGCUAACAAAGGUGAGAAAGAUAGAGAAGAUCGUCCUGCUGUUUUCGCCAACAGUGCUUAUUUCAGAAAAGGGAAAGUUGGGGACUGGGAGAAUUAUCUGACUCCGGAGAUGGUGGCACGUAUUGAUGGUCUCAUGGAUGAUAAGUUUAAAGGAACUGACUUUCUUUCAUCCAUAUGAUGAAUAUGAUCUUUUGUCUUCAAGCUAUGUCUCUCUGUUUCUUCUGAUCCUAUGCUGGUUUAUAAUAUGUAGGUUGCUUUUGUUUACUAGGAUACUUUCCAUUAGAUCAAUCUUUGGUGAAGUAAUGUGUUAUUGUUGUUGUUUUCGUUGAGUGUAUCUAUCAUUAUAUGUA